AUGGCCGACGGCGCGUCAUUCGACCGGAAAUGCCGCGUAGUGCGAAGACUUUUCACACAUCUCGAGGGUCCAGAACGCGAAAGUCUGGGUGGAGUUCGUCUCCCAGCGGAUCCGACUCGAGUGGUGAUCGUCGCCAUCAGCGUCGGAGACGCUCAUCCAAGAGAUCGUCGCGGUGACCGCUCUCCGUCGAGGCGUUCCAGCCGAUCCAAAAAUUCGCACAGGUCCAGCCGGUCCGGAAGGGCGAGUGCCGAUUCAGGAAUGUCGGAGAUGGCGGCAGACUCGGCGAGAAGAUCUCGACCAGGGACUCUGAAUGCGGAAACCCAGCGAGAGGUAGACGAAGCUAGACGCGAGGAUCGUGAAUCCGAGAGGCGUGCUCAAGAAGCAGAGCGACGCUUUUACGAGAUGUCGCUCCAGAGUGCCUGGAGGCUCAGCGGUCGGACAUGGCAGCCAUGA